GGGAUUAUAUUCGCUCAAUAAUCAUUGAUGUAUGUAUUAACGAAUAGCUGAUUUGCAAAACCAAUGGUGAAUGCAGUUGAAGGAGUUCUUCGAUAUUUCAGAUCUUAGAAAGGGACCUAGAGAGCUGCAGUUAGGAAAGUCUUUGCAUGUUCUCAAUCUAAGUGAUUCUGAAUACAUUGUAGAGUUGCCUAAAGAAUUUAGCUGUUUAUUUUCAUUGGAAGUGCUAGAUCUAAGCAACUGUGUCAAGUUGACAAGGCUUCCAGAAAGCUUAGAUGGACUGGAGUCUUUGUAUCGGCUGAACUUGAGAGGUUGUUUAGAGCUCCAAGCACUACCGGAAACAUUGGGUAAACUAUUUUGUUUGGGGGAGCUGGAUUGUACAUUUUGCCUUGAGUUGAAGGUAGUUCCAGAUAGCUUCGGUCAGCUAAAAUCUCUUUGUCACCUUCAGCUAAGGGGAUGCUCACAGCUGAAUUGUUUGCCUGAAAGCUUUGGAAACUUGUAUUCUCUGGAAUACCUGGAUUUGAGCUACUGUACUCAGCUAUCGAAGCUUCCAAGUAGCUUCCAGAAACUUGGUUCUCUAUCCCAUCUCCGCCUAGCUUGUUCAGGCUUAACUGAAUUGCCAAAAGACUUUGGUAAUUUGUAUUCUUUGAAGGAGCUGGAUUUAUCCAGUAACCAAAAUCUAGAAAGUCUUGAAGAAAGCUUCGGUAAACUCCAUGUACUGUGUUACCUCUACUUAAAAGGUUGUUCAAAGCUCACUUCAUUGUCAGAUAAUUUUUCUGAGCUAUCUGAUUUGGAGGAGCUUGAUUUAACUGGCUGUGAUAAAUUGGCACGCCUCCCAGACCACUUUGGCCAUUUCAAAUGCUUGCAUGUUUUGAAAUUAAGCUGCUCUGAGCUUAGAACUUUACCCCCAGACACUGGUUUCAUGCUUUCACUUAAGCGGAUGAGUUUAACAGAUUGUAAGAAAUUGGCGAGACUUCCAGCUGGCAUCUGCGCACUUAGGUCUCUAUCUCACCUUCACUUGGGUGGCUGUUCAAAGCUCACCGAACUGCCCAGAGGCUUUGAGAAACUAUCUUCUUUGGAAAAGCUUGAGAUAACAGGUUGCAAAGAAUUGAAGUCACUUCCCGAUGAUCAGCCUCCGUCUUUACGUGUCCUGAAAUUACGAGGUUGUUCUCAAUUCAAUGGAUUACCGGAAAAUAUUGGCAACCUAUCUAAGUUGGAAGAGUUGGCUCUAACAGGCUGUGGAAGUCUGCAAAGGCUUCCAGCGAGCCUCUGUGAAAUUAAGUCCCUACGCCAUCUGAGAUUAAGAGGAGAUUCAAAACUCACAAGCUUACCAGCGAACUUGCCAUCUUCUAUAGAGACAUUGGAUUUGGGUGAUUGCUCAAAUUUAAGGAUGCACCAGGACGUGAUUAGGAGUUGCACUUCUCUCAAGUUGUUGUUUUUUGAUGGGUGUUCCGAGUUGUGUCGACUACCUGACGACUUUCGACAGCUGAAUUCAUUGAGAUAUCUAAGCAUAGCAGGUUGUACAGAGCUGACGACACUUUCUGAUCGGCUUGAAAACAUGACCAAUUUGGUAGCAGUUGACGCAUCGGGUUGCCCGAAAUUGCAAGGAGAGACAAUGGACUGCCUGGCAAAGUUGCAGUGCUUGUAUUUCGUGGAUGUGAGCAAAAGCGACUUGCUGACAAAGCGCUGGAAAGAAGAAAGAGAACUUCACCAUCAGCUCGUAGUUCGGUUGCAGAUGGAUAAUGAAGCCAUGUACACAGAGAAUAUCGUCUCCCCUCAGUCCCAGCAAAUAAAAGAACUUCGUCAGCCUGUAGUAGAGUUGCAGAGGUAUGAAGAAGCCAUGUACGCAGACACGAUCAUCUCCUGUCUGUCUUCAAUCAGCGCCAUCGAGACAGAAAGAUUCGCUUUGGUCAUAACAUGUUCCUCAGAUAACAAGGCAUUAGAAUUAGUAGAGAAAAAAAUUAAAGAGCUUUAUGAACAAGAUCUCCGUACCUGUUCCAUCUAUAUAAAUCAUAACAGUAAAAUGUGUUCGGAGAUGAAAUCUCGGAAUCUGCUCUCCUUCGCCAUCCUGAGGUUGUUGAAGACGCGGCACCCCGAAUUGUUUUCUGCUCUGGAGAUUUUGCACACAUGGAUUGUAACCGUAGAUGUGUGCACAGACCAAGAGGGCCAACAACACAUUGAAAAACUGAAGGUGGAAUUACCUGCAGUUGGAGAUGGAGAUGGAAACGACAUUGUUUUGCAAGCACUUACAGAUAGCCAGGGCGGCGUGCCAAUGUGUUUCCCUUCUCUUUUCGGUGUAGUUGCUGACAACUUUUUCCCUCCUCUUUUAGGUGUCGUUGCCGACAAGUUCGCGAAGCACUCUAAAGAUUUCCAGCACUGAACUUCGGCAAAUAGCUUUGUGUUUUCUUUGUAUAUAAUAAUUAGGGUACUUGAUAUGAUAGAUUCAUGUUGGUAUGUAUUUGUUUGAUAUUCCAAGGGAUUUCAUACUUCAGCUAUUAUUUUUCAAUUAUACAAUUACACGAGAAAGUUUAAACGAAAAUAUAUAUUAAUUGUUCUGGUCAUU